AUUUUUCUUCUCACCAGUUUUUUCUCUCUCAAAGAGUCCAAUGUUCUAACUCAGUGACUCGUUCGUGUCGGUCUUUAUUUUCUGUCGCUCUCGGUGAAUUGAUUCAAUGGCGCAUCUCUUCAGAGAUCUCUCACUCGGUCACUCAAAGAGAGAGUCGGCGCCGACGCCACCGCCACUGCACACUAUGCCUCAACCAAUGCCUAGCAGGCUCACCUCGACAGAUCUCCAAUCUCCACUCGGCCAACUCGCCUCUCAACUCACUGAUUCCGACCUUAGACUCACUGCUUACGAUGUCUUCCUCGCUGUAUGCCGUACCUCCUCCUCCAAACCUCUAUCCACUUCCGCCUCCUUCAAUUCCGAGUCCCCCAGUCUAAACUCGCCUAGUGAAAACCACAACCACUCGCCUAACUCGUCCGCGUUGCAGCGCUCGCUUACAUCAGUGGCUGCUAGUAAGAUGAAGAAGGCUUUAGGAUUGAAGUCGCCGGGCUCUUCAUCGGGCUCUAAGAAGAGCCCGGGUUCUGGGCCAGGCUCGGGACAGGGCAAGUCUAAGCGGCCUCUGACCGUAGGGGAGCUUAUGAGGAUUCAAAUGCGGAUACCUGAGACCAUCGAUUCGCGAGUUAGAAGAUCGCUUCUGAGAAUCGGUGGUGGCCUGGUUGGAAGGCGGAUCGAGUCAGUUGUUCUUCCAUUGGAGCUAUUGCAGCAGCUCAAGCAAUCUGAUUUUACUGAUCAGCAAGAAUAUGUUGAAUGGCAAAAGAGAAACCUCAAGGUUCUUGAAGCUGGUUUACUGUUGCAUCCUCGUGUACCACUUGAUAAUUCAAAUAAUGCAUCACAAAGGCUACGGCAAAUCAUCCAUGCAGCCCUAGAUAGGCCAAUAGAAACGGGAAAGAACAAUGAGUCAAUGCAAGUUCUUCGCACUGCUGUUAUGUCUCUUGCUUCCAGAUCUGAUGGGUCUUUUUCUGAUUCAUGCCACUGGGCUGAUGGUAUUCCACUAAAUCUUAGACUCUAUGAAAUCCUUUUGGAGACAUGCUUCGAUAUUAACGAUGAGACAUCUAUUAUCGAGGAAGUUGAUGAGCUUAUGGAGCAUAUAAAAAAGACAUGGGUGAUCCUUGGGAUUAAUCAAAUGCUCCACAACCUCUGCUUUACAUGGGUCCUGUUUCACCGUUUUGUUGCCACUGGGCAAGUCGAAAUGGACUUACUAUAUGCUGCCGAUAGUGAGCUAGCGGAUGUAGCAAAAGAUGCCAAGGCAACCAAAGAUCCAGAUUACUCCAAGAUAUUAAGUUCUACAUUGACUUCAAUACUGGGCUGGGCAGAGAAACGACUCCUUGCUUAUCAUGACACUUUUGAUAGUGGAAAUAUCUAUACCAUGCAGGGAAUCAUUUCUUUAGGUGUAUCAGCAGCUAAGAUUUUGGUUGAGGAUGUAUCCACUGAGUAUCGCAGAAAGAGGAAAGGAGAAGUUGAUGUAGCUCGAAACAGAAUUGACACUUACAUCAGGUCUUCAUUGCGCACUGCUUUUGCUCAGAUAAUGGAGAAAGCAGACUCUAGCAGGAGAGCUUCCAGAAACCAGUUGAAUCCUCUUCCUGUCCUUGCAAUCCUUGCUAAAGAUGUUGGUGAGCUAGCUGUUCAUGAGAAGCAGGUUUUCAGUCCAAUAUUGAAGGGUUGGCAUCCUUUGGCAGCAGGUGUGGCUGUGGCCACCCUCCAUGUGUGUUAUGCAAAUGAGAUAAAACAGUUUAUAUCUGGCAUUACGGAGUUGACCCCUGAUUCUGUUCAAGUACUGAGAGCUGCAGAUAAACUGGAGAAGGAUCUCGUGCAGAUUGCAGUUGAGGAUGCAGUAGACAGUGAUGAUGGUGGGAAGGCAAUAAUCCGCGAGAUGCCUCCUUAUGAGGCUGAAACUGCUAUAAGCAAUCUUGUUAAAGGGUGGAUCAAGACAAGAGUUGACAGACUUAAGGAAUGGGUUGACCGGAAUUUGCAACAAGAGGUCUGGAGCCCACAAGCAAAUCAAGAAGGAUAUGCCCCCUCUGCUGUCGAAAUUUUGAGAAUCAUUGAUGAAACUUUGGAUGCAUUUUUUCAGCUACCAAUACCAACACAUCCUGCAUUGCUACCUGAUUUGAUGGUUGGCCUUGACAGGUGUCUUCAAUAUUACAUAACCAAGGCAAAAUCGGGCUGUGGUUCACGCACUACAUAUAUCCCCACAAUGCCUGCAUUGACUAGAUGUGAGAUAGGAUCAAAGUUCCAAGGUGUGUGGAAGAAGAAAGAAAAGUUACAAAACUCACAGAAGAGAAAUUCUCAGGUUACAACAAUGAACGGAGAUAAUUCAUUUGGGGUGCCACAGCUCUGUGUUCGUAUAAAUACAUUGCAUCGUAUCCGAUCUGAGAUGGAUGUUCUAGAAAAGAGGAUCAUAGCCCACUUGAGGAACUGUGAGUCUGCUCAUGUGGAAGAUUUUUCUAAUGGUUUGAACAAGAAAUUUGAACUAACACCAGCUGCUUGUGUGGAAGGGGUUCAGCAAUUAUCAGAGGCAGUAGCUUACAAAAUCGUAUUCCAUGACCUAAGUCAUGUUUUAUGGGAUGGUUUGUAUAUUGGGGAGCCAUCGACUUCUAGGAUUGACCCUUCAUUACAGGAACUAGAGCAAAACUUGUUGAUCAUCUCUGACACCGUGCAUGAAAGAGUUCGUACUAGGAUCAUAACUGAUAUCAUGAAAGCUUCAUGUGAUGGGUUCUUGCUGGUUUUACUUGCUGGAGGCCCCUCUCGUGCUUUCACUCGUCAGGAUUCUCAAAUUAUAGAGGAUGAUUUCAAAGCCCUUAAAGAUCUAUUUUGGGCCAAUGGAGAUGGUUUGCCUGCCGAUCUCAUAGAUAAGUUUUCAGCUACUGCAAGAGGAGUCCUUCCCCUCUUUAGAACCGAUACAGAUAGCUUAAUUGAGCAGUUCAGACGUGUGACCUUGGAGACAUACGGCUCUUCUGCAAAAUCUAGGCUUCCACUACCUCCAACAUCAGGGCAGUGGAACCCUACUGAGCCAAACACUCUUCUACGCGUGUUAUGUUACCGGAAUGAUGAGACAGCUUCUAAGUUCCUAAAAAAGACAUACAAUCUACCCAAGAAACUUUAGCUAUCUUGAGUUUGAUGUAUAUAGCAAACCAACGAAGGCCGCAUAUCGUGCAACAGUGAGCGCCUGCAAUAUUGUUCUUGUAAUUCCAUAUAUUUUCCGAGAUAGAUCCUGUCAAAAAUGCUUAGCAUGCCAUACCGGGUUGGCUGCAAAUGCCUAACGAUGUUGCACUAAUCUUGUGUAGUAUAGCGGGAAUGUUGGUGCUGAAAACCGGCCGCUUCUCACCAAGAUGCAAAGUUGGGAGAUAAAAAGAAACCAUAGAAGCAGAGUAUUUUCCAAGGGCUUGCCCAUGAGGAAAGGUUGGUGCAUAAUAUUUGAUUAUUACAAGAUUCAAUUAUGUCAAUAUAUGAGAUUCCUUCAGCUCUAAUCUUAUCUACUCUUUAGAAUUCUGGAGAACCUGUUCUUUUUCUUUGCAUCAUUGCUUGUUCAUUUUGCUUUUAAUUCGAUCGAUGCAUUUGGCGAUUGAUUGAUACAUGUUUAUAAUUAUAUACAAUUGUAUUGUGUGAAAUUUAGUGUUUGGUUA